GAGAGCUGGAGGCAGAGGGCAGCCGAUCCGCCUCCAGCGCGCGCUUCUCGGCGCCAGGAGCCGUCCUGGGGCGUGUUGGCGAGCGUUGAUAUAGAUAUAAGGACAUUUCUCUUCAUGGCGUCACGUGACAUAAUUACCACCAGAAUCAAUCAAGAUGAAUUGCACGUCAGCGCCCGGUGGGGAUUUUUGCUUAGUUGAUCCUGGCCCAAGCCUCUUGUGCAAUCGAUGGCUCAGGUUGGCUGCGCGGGAAGCGGCCAGGGGCUCGCUGGCGCGCACGCCGCGGAGCCAUGAACGACUUUGACGAGUGCGGCCCGAGCGCAGCCAGCAUGUACCUGCCGGGCUGCGCCUACUAUGUGGCCCCGUCUGACUUCGCUAGCAAGCCGUCGUUCCUUUCCCAACCGUCCUCCUGCCAGAUGACUUUCCCCUACUCUUCCAACCUGGCGCCGCACGUCCAGCCCGUGCGCGAAGUGGCCUUCCGCGACUACGGCCUGGAGCGCGCCAAGUGGCCGUACCGCGGCGGCGGCGGCGGCGGCAGCAGCGCGGGGGGCGGCAGCAGCGGGGGCGGCCCCGGCGGGGGCGGCGGCGGCGCGGGGGGCUACGCUCCCUACUACGCGGCGGCGGCGGCGGCAGCUGCGGCGGCCGCGGCGGCCGAGGAGGCGGCCAUGCAACGCGAGCUGCUCCCGCCCGCGGGCCGCCGGCCGGACGUGCUCUUCAAGGCGCCUGAGCCGGUGUGCGCUGCGCCGGGGCCUCCGCACGGCCCCGCGGGCGCCGCCUCCAACUUCUACAGCGCGGUGGGCCGCAAUGGCAUCUUGCCACAGGGCUUCGACCAGUUCUACGAGGCGGCGCCCGGGCCCCCGUUCGCCGGGCCGCAGCCCCCGCCGCCGCCCGCGCCGCCACAGCCCGAGGGCGCAGCCGACAAGGGCGACCCCAAGACCGGGGCUGGUGGCGGCAGGGGCAGUCCCUGCACCAAGGCUACCCCUGGCUCGGAGCCCAAGGGGGCAGCGGAAGGCAGCGGUGGCGACGGCGAGGGCCCCCCGGGAGAGGCGGGGGCCGAGAAGAGCGGCGGCGCAGUUGCCCCCCAGCGGUCCCGGAAAAAGCGCUGUCCCUAUACCAAGUACCAGAUCCGCGAACUGGAACGCGAGUUUUUCUUUAACGUGUACAUAAACAAAGAGAAAAGACUUCAACUCUCUCGGAUGCUCAACCUCACUGACCGGCAAGUCAAAAUCUGGUUCCAGAAUCGCAGGAUGAAAGAAAAGAAACUGAACAGAGACCGUCUGCAGUAUUUCACUGGAAACCCCUUAUUUUGAGAGCUCCAGGAAGCGCCCCCUCCCCAGCCCCACUCACCCACCCUCCUUCCCACCAGCCUGCUCUCCGCAGGCCCAAUGUCCUUGGGUUUAAUGACGUCUCUUCUCUGUGGAACUUCACGAUUCCUUCCCACGGUCAACUCGGGACCUCCCAGCGACCACUGCAGCCUGCGGACGAGGCCGGGACUUGGCCGAGCGGAUCCUAAUAAGGGGAAAAUGGUAAAUGCAAACGUCCCUUUACAAUUUUACCGCCAAUGUGCUGUCGUUCCUCCUCCCCCUCUCCGCGUCCUCGUGGGGACACGGCGGGGUCUCUAGGAAGUUGGGCCGGGUUGGGGGUGCUAGAAGGCGCUGGUGUUUUGCUCUGAGUUUUAAGAGAUCCCUUCUUUCCUCUUCGGUGAAUGCAGGUUAUUUAAACUUUGGGAAAUGUACCUUUAGUCUGUCAUAUCAAGGCAUGAGUCACUGUCUUUUUUUGUGUGAAUAAAUGGUUUCUAGUAAAAUGGAGGUUACAGCUUCAAUACACUGCAUGAAUUCUCCUCUUUGAGGUUUAGUGCCUCAUUAGGAUAUUUUAGUGGCCAGGACCCAUGCAACUGAAAAUCGAAUGAAACACUUUUUAGUCCCACUAAAAUAGUAGUCGUUCCGUCCCACCACCUCUAGGUUACACUGGUUUUAAAAAUCAUGUUAGUGAUGAAUUUCUGAAUUGAUGAUGUGACCAAGCAAUGCUGGCGCUGCCUUCUCCAGGCAGUAAGGCUGGGGCAGCAGGAACCUAAGAAGCAAACUCCCACCCCCACCCUAGUCUAGUGAACUUGGGAUUUCUGAAAAGACAGCAACCAUUUUAAAAAACUGGUUAGAAAAUCCAAAUGAUCUCUUACAAGCUAACAAGGAGCCACA